AUGCAAGCGGAAGCUAGCAAGCGCGCGUCAGCGUCAGUUGACGUGUCAAGAAACAGCAAAGUUCUGAUACAAGCAGCAUUGCACACGUACCUGAUGUUGGGCGCGCACAAAACGCACAAAUGCUUUAAGCUUGUGUUGAUCAAGUCAGCGUACUAUGUUAGUGGCUCGCAGGUCAACAAAGCCUCCGGAUCUUUGGAUGACGAAUGCCUCACCCAGAGCUCAUUGCACCUCUCAGCUUCUUCUGGCAGUUUUGCUGUGACCACGGCCAUGGCUAAGCUGAUUGGUAUCAUUGCUCUGUCUUUGAGCAUUGGCGUGAUUGCGGAUCAGAGGCGGGUGACGCUUCGCGAUUCGGGCGUCAUCGCAGGCCAGUACUGGUCAACGGUUGAUGGUGCCGCGGGCAGGCUUUGUGAGACGACGGCGUUGAUGCUAUGCCCUCGGGCCGACGAGACCAUGGUGCUCAACUUCACAGGGCAACUUGUAGUUGGCAGCCUGAGUAUUUGUGACUUUGACAAUAGCAGUCGGUUGAUCGUUCCCGGCAUGCCCUUUAUGGUGGCCAUCAACGAGAGCAAUGCCUCUUGCCCGGAGCCCGAGCUGCUUCCUCCCACCACAUCUCAGCCCACUCCGCCUCCGCCCAAGCACGACGAAGAUUGGAUCUGGAUGAUUGCAGUGGCUGUCAUUGGCGUCAUCGCCCUGGUGGUAGCAGCAUUUUGGUGCUCACGACGCUUCAAGAAGAGCGAGGGUGACGGAAAAACCACAAGCUCUUCAAACGUAAAUGUGGAUAAAGAGUCUGAAGUUAAGGUGGUGUCUGCGGUGGAUAACCUCGAUUCGAUGGUGUCUGAUGGAGAUGCUGCCGCCAAGCCGGAGGAUCAGAGAAAAGUUGCAGAUGGUGACAACCACUACACUAGUUGGUCUGAGGUGGAUAUCCCCGAUCCUGUGGUGCCUGAUGGAAAUACUGCCGGAAAUACUGCCGCCGAGCAGGAUGGUUGCGAUGCUGAGACGCAGAAUGUCGCUUAUGGCUAUAGGACUGGCUGUUCCGAUCACGCUCAAACUGAGGACGAUCAUCUUUAUGCGGUGCCUAAUGUUGAGACGAAGAAUCCCGCUAAUGGCGAUAGCACUGACUGUUCCGGUCACCCUCAAACUGGGGACGAUCAUCAUUAUGCGGUGCCUAAUGUUGAGACGCAGAAUCCCGCUUAUGGCGAUAGCACUGACUGGUCCGAUCACGCCCAAACUGAGGACGAUCAUGUUUAUGCAGUGCCAAAUGUUGAAACACAGAAUCCCGCUUAUGGCUAUAGCACUGACUGUUCCAGUCACUCUGAACCUGAGAUAGCCCAACCCCGCUCACCAUCUGAAACACAUGCGUAACGCCGCGUGCUCCAAUUUUUGUACAACCUUGGCAGACUGCCUUUUGUGAUAAAUUUGCUG